CCAAUUUGUGGGAAAUUUUAUAAAUUUGGAGAGUGGAACAAAUUUUGUUUUGAUUUUACCCACCACAGCUUCUGGCGCCCAAACACUCGAAAACCCCUCAAUUAGUCGAGUGUCCCAGGUCAGGAAAGAGGUCGAGCACCUGAGCUGCAAAACUUGAAAAUCCUCCAAUGGCGCGAUCUGCUUAAGGAAUCCCCAAAACCUUCCAAUCCCUCUCGUCUCACUCACUCUCCAAACAACAAUGUUCGGAGCUCAAGCUCCCACCUCCGCCUUCGGCACUCCCUCUUCAAGCUCAGCAUUCGGCACUCCCUCUUCGACUCCAGCGUUUGGAACUCCGUCUACGACACCGGCAUUCGGCACUCCAUCUGCGACCCCGGUGUUUGGCACGCCGUCUACGACCCCGGCGUUCGGGACUCAAACGACGCCGUCUUUCGGCACCGGAUAUGGGUCCUCGCUCUUCGCCACCCCAUUCUCGGCUCAGCCUCAGCAACAGCAACAGAGUCCGUUGUUUCAGCAACCGUCCUCCACGUUCGGCUUCCAAACGACACCGUUCUCUGCGCCGCAGCCUGGUACUUUCUCCGGCGCGCAAUUGACUACUCAGAUGGCUCCAGUGGCACCUCUUCCUUUCUCUCUCGCCGAUCGGGAUAUUCAAGCUAUUGUUGACGCUUACAAGGACGAGCCUGGAAACCCUAAAUAUGCUUUUAAGCAUUUGUUGUUCAGCGUCACGGAUCCACGGUUUAGAGUGAAGCCUGCAGGUGUAUCAGAUAUUAUGUGGGCAGAGGCUAUGGGUAAGCUGGAGGGUAUGGAAAGUGCUGACCGGGAGCGCCUGUGGCCUCAGCUUGUUCAGGGUUUUAAGGAUCUUUCACAGCGUCUUAAGAUCCAAGAUGAUGUCAUUGUUUCAGAUGCAGAGAGGUUACGAAUUACCCAAAGCAAUGUGAAGAUGCUUCAAAGACAUUUUCAAGCUGACACUCUUCCUCGGAUUGAAAGAAUGAGACAGAAAGAGCAAGUUCUUCAAAGGCGUCUUUUAAGGGUAAUGAGAAUUGUGGAGGCCAUGGAGGGUAAGGGUUUCCGAUUACCAUUAACAAAAGGGGAAGCUGAACUGGCUGAAAAGUUAGCUGCAACAACUAGACAGCUGAAAGGAUCUGGAGCAGAACUUUCUAGGAGGGUACAAAACCUGCUAACUUUGUCUCGUGUUCAAGCAAAUGGCUUUGGUGCCGGUGGUUCUGUUUAUCUUCCAGGAUCAACCAAAAUACAUGAACAGAGUCUUGCUGAUAUGCAGGAGGUAUUACAGCAGCAGACAGAGGCCAUUGCUAGGCUUGGCAAUGUUUUGAAGCGAGACGCCAGGGACAUGGAGAUCAUAAUGGCUGAGGACACACAUUUGACGGAUGAUGUCAGCUAAGAAGCUUUAAUGGCGAAGGCACUCUUGCAUUUGUUCAUGAUGAUGUUUUUAAUGUGUUCAAAGUUUUUGCUCCGGCGGCAGAUAUAACUCUUGACCCCAGAAAAAUUUAAAUAAAAUAGUGGAAGUCAUUUUAGCUAA